AUGUUUGCCAGAAAGCAGAAAAGUUCGGAUAUGAUCCAGUCGGUCAGCCGAUUUGCUGAUGUACAUAGAGAUCCAGUGAGUCGCGUCAAACAUCUGAAGCUUCUGCUGGACAGCUUGAGCAUUCAUGAGAAAAGACAACUAAUCGAUGACUAUUCAUUCGAAACAUUUCAUUUGGUCGACGAAUUACUCUUACAGACGGAAAUUUCGGGAAAUCCACAGGCAGCCAUUGAAGCGGAAAGUGGGCUAUGGACGUUAGAACAAUUGCUAUGUUUGGCCCCUGAAUUGGUUGGCAAUGGCUGGCAAAUUCACGCCAUUGAGUCAUUGCUGAAAAAGGCAAUUUACCCUCAUAAUUUGCUGGCCGUCAGAAAAAUUGCAAUCCGUCUCUUCCUUAUAUGGUAUCAGGAAUUGUCGGUGUUUGGCAAAGCAACCCCGGAUCUGGAUCGUGUUUUCCAGUGUCUACUGCCAUUUUUUCCAUUACGAAAUGGGGGCAGCACCGAAUUGAUCCUCCAAGAAUAUUGCCAAUCUGCCGGUAAUGUACAAUGGUCAUCACAGCUUAGCCAACAGCCCGCAUCACCUGGAGGAAACAAACUAUCUGCCAAAGAAAGGGCACAAAUGCUGCAGGUCUAUUUGGAUAAAUUCCUGGAAUACUGCACGCGCGAAACGACAAGAAUCGAAUGGAACGACGAGAGCCAUCGGCUAGAAUGCGCAAAAUUUAUAUUAGAUAAAGUCAUCUCCCUCUACAUCCAGGAGACGUUCCCGGAUCUGGAGACGAACGGCGUUGAUGUUUUUGGAGGCUGGGAAGGGGCUGGAGAUACGGGAGAAACGUUGGAUACAGCCGAUCCGAUUAUUAUCGCCAGGUAUUGGCUGAUUCGAUGGAUAAAUAAUGUUGGAGGUGUUACCCUGGCCGCAAACACGGGACCGGUCCAUCCAGGACUUAUCCUCUUCAACGAAGCCCUUUUUUCCUGCACCAAGGCCACGAAUACAUUACUAUCGUUGCAGCGUGAAGCUAUGCAAUUGCCAUUACCUUGCAAUAACGUCAUACACAAGGUAGUCACUGUAUUGUCCGCAUGGCUGACACAACAAGAAUUACCAAAGUUUGUGCUAUCAAAACAAGUGUCUGCCGACUCGUGCUCAUUACUCGUUCUACAUGUGCUGCUUUCAUUCUUCCAUUCCCCAUACCUUAAACAACCUGGGGAUCGAGCCCAAGCCGCCACUUCUAUAGCCUUCUCCAUUUUGAGAGCGUGUCGGGAUUUGGUCUCCAAUAAGCAACUCUCGCAUCCACUUUCCACCAGAUUCUGGAACGAGCUGAUUGCUCGGCUUUGCGAUGCGGGGCUAGAGGUCUGCUCAAGCGCAGAUCGUUUUGCCCAAGAUACCGCAGCUGCCUUUGCAUCUACGAUACUUACAACUAUGGUCAUGGUUAAGACCGUGCGCCAGAUCGACGUUGAGGAUCGUUUAUGGGACAACGCACACGAUGUAUUUGCGCAUGGAAUUUGGAUGCCAAUUGCCACUCAAUGGUCAAAGAUCUCCAACUCGGUAACCCGAGCGAUGGUUUUACAUACCGCGCACGUCGAUAUGUUUACAAAGGAAGAUGUGGAACGUGUUCAGACUCAAUCCAUUUCGUCGCGGCGUGGCCCGAGAUCGGAAGCCUCUACAAGGACAGCAAUCGAUAGUACAGGCGAACCAUCACCAACCCCUGGGGAUGAGGUGAACUCGAUCGCCACUGACGAAUCUGCUGACGAAGUUGUAUUUAUUGAAACAGAUGAAAUCACGAAGCACGUGCAGGGUGCGGAUGGCGACAUGACCAAGUGGCUAUUAACCUGGAAACAUGUGAUGUGUAUGCUGGGCCCUCAAUCCAAAGGCGCUGCUGUAAUAGCUGUCGACACAAUCGGACAGACCAUCCAGCAACUCCUAGCCAUCGGAUUAAAUUCGUUGGCUAAUUGGCUGUGUGAUCGUCUCCUUGCUGUUCCUCUAGCCGUUCAGCCCCAAUGUGUUGCUCCCCUAGCGCAGGUUUUGUCGACGGCCCGGUGCCCUCCUCAAUUGCAGGCUCAUAUUCUAUAUUCACUGAUUAAUCUCCUUACGACAGCUGAUCAAAAUGUUGUCUCUCAUAUGGCAUCGAUGAGACCAAAACACUUGUCAAUACUUGCGCCUCACCUUCUGCAAGCACUGCCUAGACUUGGUCAUGCUCCGAGUAACGAUCUGCUGAAGUCCCUGGCAUUAUUGUGUGGGGAGCACAGUUCUGUGGAAGCUCUUCUGUUGCGAAAUCUUUCUCAAGCCGACCUGACGCUGAACUUGGCGUUGCUGUGCGUCAAUGCUCUGGCUCUGCUCAUCGUCCAGCGGGCUGAUAUAGAGUUGAUGCAACGCGUUGUUGAUUGCCUACGUGCGCAUCGACUCUGCCCGAAAUUGAUGCCAGUCUUCUGUUCGACGGUGCUACCGCUGUCCAAAUUCGGCAUUGGCAGUGCCGUGCUCGAGACCCUACGCACUUGCGCCGGGUUAUUACGUGAAGAACGGCUGAGGACGGAAGUGGAAUGGCAGUUGGUGACACUUUGCGUGGAGGGUCGCAGACGGGAGGCACCAAAUGUUUUAUCUGGAAUUCUCGCUGAUCGACAACAGAUUUUGGAGGGUGAAAUGUUCUGUUACGCGGGUCAAUGGCCACUGCCCGGUUUUUCGGCGGCCAAAUGGAACUCGAGCGAUUUACCGUUACCGCAGAACAACACCCUAAAUCGCCAAGAUAUUUCAUUUAUUGACCGGAAGCGUUCGAUCAUCAGCGUUGCCAAAACUGGCUCAUGCGAAAUGACCUGCCGGACGCCUGUUGGAAAACAUCUUUGGGUCGUCAAUCAGCAUAGCCUGCAACAAACACCAAACAAUCUGGUGUCGGAUUGGCUAAAGAAGGAGGCUGGCAAGGGGAGACGUGGCACUCGCGAUGGGGGAGGGAUACUUGGUGCGAUGGAAGAUCCGUUGGAUGCGUUAUUGACACGUCCUCUAGAAUCUCCCACACAUAAGACACCUCUGGACAUUGAUUCUUGGUCCCAACUGAUCCAGGGUUCCCGUCGCAUUCCACAAACUCUUGGGACGGCUCCUCCAUCAACCAGCCAAAUGCCAACGACACAAUUGUUGGAAUGGCGUGCUUUUGCCGCUAGUAUGGGUUUUGUACCUGCAGCUAGCGAAGUCCCAAGCAACUUUGCCCGUGAUCUCAAACAUCUUGAUAACACCAGUGCCAGGGAGGUGCACAAAUUCGCACUCAUCUACGUCCCACCAGGCCCAAUGGACAAACAAACAAUCCUUGCCGCCACUACCCAUUCCAACGAGUUUGGCAAGUUUACAAAUGAGAUGGGUUGGGAGGUACGUAUUGGCAAAGAUCAUGACGGAUAUUCUGGAGGGCUGACGGCGGAUACCGUCGCUAAUUAUUGGGCAACCUCGGAAUGCGAGGCGGUAUUCCACGUUAGCACCAAGCUUGAAGGCGAUUUUACCCACAAGGUGCGCCAUCUCGGAAAUGACGAGGUGCACAUCGUUUGGAACGAAAACUUGCAGCGCUACCGCCGAGAUAUCAUCGCGACAAAGUUUUGCGAUGUGCUGAUGAUCGUGGAAAUUGCGGAUGCGCACAACUACCGAGUUCGCAUCGAGACGCAAACCCCGCUGGAAUUUGGCCCCUUAUUUGAUGGCGCGUUAGUUCAUAGAAGUGAAUUGGCAACCCUUGUAAGAACGACAGCUCUAAAUGCUUCUCGUGCAUAUCGACUCGCCAGGGAUGAGCAUGCUCGGCCGUUACGCCAUCGUGAAACUGUAUUCACCAAUGACACAAAGCGCCAAAUCAACCCGACACAUCUCUGCGAUGCCAUCAACUCGUUGUACAUCCCAACGAUGGUCGUG